CAAGAGCACAAGACGGAGCCGGAGCGGGAGCGCUCCUGGCUCCUGCAACGUCUACCUCUCCCGUCUGAGCCUGCCACGGCCCAGCCCCACCCAACUACUACUCGCAGCGUGGCCCAUACUGUCAGUGAGCGUGUUUUCCCUAUCCCCCAACGGUCGAGUACUGACACCCCCGCCUCUUAAACCUCUCUUUCAUCUUUCCCCGCACCGCAUCGCACCGCGAGUUUCGAAAACCCCAACCAAUCGCGCCUCAGAUCACGCGAGGGCGUGAGGGGGAAUUCGCUCUCCCAGCCUCCGCUCACCCGUCGAUCGAUCGUCCGGGCCAGGGGCUCUCCGGCGGCACCGGGGCCAUGGAGGAGGACCCGCUCAUCCCGCUGGUGCACGUCUGGAACAACGCCGCCUUCGACCAUGCCUCCGCCUCCGCCUCCGCGUGGCACGCCCAUUCCCCUGCGCCCGCGAGCGCCCGCGAGGGGGACAAGGAGAACCACCGCCCCGAGCCCGACGUUGAGGCGGAGGUCGACGACGUUGAGGCCGAGAUUUACCACAUCGAGGCGGAGAUCCUGCGCCUGUCUUCCCGCCUCCACCACCUCCGCACCUCCAAGCAGACGGAGCCGCCCAAGCGUGGACAGGUCGCGCGGACGCGGAUGCGGGGGCUCAGUCUGGGCCAGCUCGACGUCGCCGCUGCCGUCGACUCCGACCCGCUCACCGACAAGCAGCAGCCGAGCGCCGCGCAGGGCUUGAAAAAGCCUAUCAAGCAGGCCCCGGCGGCGCCGCGAGGCCGGAGCUCCAGCCUCGGGCCCCUCGAGAUCGUCGCCACGAACCCUAGGGUCCUCCGCUCCUCCGCCGCCGCCGCUGCCGCACCGAAGAGGAAGAUUCAGGGCGAGGGCGGCGCCGCGCGGCCGAUCCUCAGGCCGAUCAAGGAGCCUCCCGUGCAGCGGCGCCGGGGCGUCAGCCUCGGGCCCUUGGAGAUCCACCACGGCGUCGGCAGCAAGCCCGGGGCGGCGGCGCGGGUCAAGCACUUCUCCAACAACAGGCUCGGUGCCGUUCGAGAGGAGGAAGGCCAGCGUUCCAAGGAGCACGCCGUCCCCGCCAGACCGUGGCCAUCCAGCAAUGCCAGGCACCCACUGGAUGCCAGGCAAGGCACCGCAGCAAGCAGAGCCAAGGCGAGGAGCGGGAGCAUAAGCCCCAGCAGGUUCAGGAGGCAGUCCACUUCCAAGGCUGCCGAGACAAGAGCGGGAAAUGCCAAGCCUACAGAGGCGACGAGGGGAGGGAGCGAAGCGGUCAAUCACACCAGCAAUGUAGCCACGACGAAGAGGCCGGCGGGGAGCUCCAAGGUCAGGGUUGUCCCGAGCCGCUACAGCAUCCCACCUGGCUCCUCCCUAGCAGCUGUGACACAAGGCAACCGAUGCAAGCAGUCUCUCCCAGGAUCGGCUACUGAGACCAGAGUAAAUCUCACUGAGCCGCCGAACGACGAGUUGUCUCCUGAAGAACUUGCCAAGGUUGCAGAGCUGCUCCCAAGGAUUAGGACCAUGCCGCCUUCUGAUGAGAGCCCGCGUGACUCGGGAUGUGCCAAGCGUGUUGCUGAUUUGGUCGGGAAGCGAUCCUUCUUCACUGCUGCAGGGGACGAUGGCAAUCUCGUUACGCCCUACCAGGCACGGGUGGUUGAACUUGAAUCACCCGAGGCAGCAGCAGAAGAAGCAGAAGCUUGAGAAGUUUGUCUUUGAUCAAUUCCGAAGUGGCUUGCAUCUGGGCGUGGCCUCUUUUUGCAGUGUGUGCUACUACAUAGUCUACUGUUACAUUCAUAUCAUAUCACAUUUCCUAUUUUUUCCCCCUUGAGACAUUGCUUAGUACUUUUGUGUUGCCUUGUGAAAAGAGAGUGGAAAGGUUUGCAUCUGCUGAUGCUCUUGUUUCGGAUUGUGUGUUCCUGGUUCGAUGAAGUACAGGAUAAUGCUGUGGUUUAUAACAUGCCGCCUCAUUUGGAUA